UUCUGGAGCAAUGUGGGGCGCUAUGGCAGUUACUUCUUCUCUGUGCUGCUGGGCACGGCCUACACAGCAGUCAAGCCGAUUGGUGGACUGCUGAGGAAGCCAGUUUCAGCGGUGCUGACCAUUGCAGCCCUCAUUGGCCUUUACGUAUUUGUUUCCUCCACUGUGACAGCAAUGCUGGGU